CCAAGACAGACCGUGUUUACUUCCCAGGAGCCCUGGACUGAGAAGAGCUGGAGCCAAGUGAAAAAAAGGGAUGUCUUGUCAGCUUUUGAUCAACAAGAAAGAUGACCUCUGUAAUUCUUGCUGAGGGUGUCUUGGAUGCUUCCUGGUGAUACGUCCAAAAUAUUUAACCUGAAGCUCAUGAAUGCUUUCGAUGUAAGAGGCCUUUAUUUGCUGGUUGAAAUUGAAGACCUGCAAGUGGUUACUUGAGAUCCCACAGGGAUGACCCUGCGUAGGCCAGCUGCCCACCCGAGGAGGGCUCCGGGCUGGAGGAGAUCAGGAGACGAGUCCCACUGGGGGAGCUUCACAUCAGAAGAAGAGCCUCGAAGCUCUCCCUUCUCCCGUGCGCCUCGGCCACAGAGCGCCAUUGAGGGAGGCCAGCUGGACGUCUGGCUGGAGCACCUGAGGGCAAUGCAGAGCAAAGUCAGAUCCCCAAAUCAAAAUCCACCAUUUGACGGUCGGACCGCAUCCACGCCUGCUCUCGAGGGGCAACCAGCAGGACGAGUGUGGCGACAGACAGGCUAUUCCUCUUUUAGCACAGCCUCAUCUUCACGCGGGAGCUCACCCAGCAGCCAGGAGUCCCUCCAGACUGUGUGGUUGCCCUCUCCAGAGCGCAGCAGUGGCUGGGAGAAAGCUCACAUCAUGCAGUCUCCAUCAAAGCAGCAAGCUCAGCUCAGUUAUCUCGCUCCAGUCAGAACUGGUUGGCUGCCAAUCCAGAGAAGAGUGAUGACGGCGGGGAACACUUGCAGCCAAAACCAGCACUUGCAUGCAUCAGCUGGCCAAGUGAAACUGAAACAGCCUAUCACUCCAGCAUUUCAGAAGACUGACCCAUAUUGUUAUAAAGCAGAGGCGGAGAGAAGUCCCAACAGUCCCAGUGCACAGGGUGUGAAGACGCGGAAGACACCGGAUCAAGAUUCUGCUGUUAUCCACGAGGGACCUGAAAUACAGAACUCUGCUGCUAAGGAGGUAAACCGAUCCGUCGGCUGGCGCGCUCUGAGGACAGGCUGGAAGCCCAACAGGGCGUCAGAUCCUCCUGGAGGAAAUACUUCCAGCAAGCUUGGCAGAGGGACCGACUUAGAACCCAACGAGAAGCCAUAUCUGAUGACAACGGCGAGCACAGAGCCCGUGGUGCAUUAUCCUCUGCAUCGCACAGCUUCUUCUGAUCCAACUGGUCGUCACAUUUUGCAACAAGGGCUAAUUGCUGCAAACACACACAAGUACCAUUCCCCUUUGCAAAGAACGAGCAGCGUUCAGCCUUUAAAAGCCACCGUCUUUUAUGGGACAAACAACAAAGCAGAAUCUUCACACAUACAGACAAGUUCACCUGUGACAGCUCUCAUUCCCCAAAACAAAGCUGGCCUCUCUUCUAUCACCAUCUCCUCCAGAAAAGUGAGCAGAUCGGCCAGUUUGCCUUCGUCCCGAUCCAAUAAGUCCUCUUCUCUUUCCCCACCAGACCUCCACCCCAUGGACCCAAACUCCAGGCAGGUAAGAGUGCAAAGGAAAGCUACUAUAGUCAAAGUGACAGAGCAGAGAGUGAUAUCAAGCUCUGCUCAGAGCACAAGUCGACCGGGAACGCCUCCGUCUGGCAAUGCUUUGGACACGGUGGUUCGCAGAAGAAAGGCUACAAUCAUCAAAGUGACUGAGCAUAAGGAGAGUUACAGCCCAGGCAAGAUAACGCCCAGGAAUCCAGAGUACAGGCACAGCUACACAGAAGGACUGUUUAAGAAUAACAACACAGCGAAUCAAGAAGACCACUUAGACAACAGUAAAGUACCCGCUUAUCAUCUGAAUUCCUCACAGAGUGCAGCUACUGCCCCAAACCCGUCCUCUUCAAACACAAAGAAAAACGAGACCCUGCACAGAUCCACGUUGAAUUUUUUCAUUAGCAACCUCCCUGCGAUCGCAUCUUCUCCGUCAGAGCCCCCUCCACGGGCGCCUGCGCGGAGAUCUGAGAGGCCACAAAGACCGCUGAGCUGCUACGGCAGCUUGAUCGGAAACUUUGAUCAGAGCAAGGAGAGUGUUGCACAGUCGUCCGGCUGGAAAGGGCCCUCCGGGCUUCCACAGGAGGCCCCUGACAUCCAUGCGCAGUUCAACCGCCUUUUCAUCAGUUCCGAAAAAGCCGUGAAGGAAUCUGCGACGGAAGCUGCUGACGCGCUCACACCGAGCCGGGACGAGAAAGAAAGACUGCCACCGACAGUGGAUGGAACGCGCAGAGCCUCCCCGAGUCUCACUCUCAUCAAGGCCCCGGAUCCUGACUCCCAUCAGUCUCAAGAGGAAGUGCUCGCCCUCAAUGCGGCUGCGAUCAUAGCGAACAUCAAACUCCAGAGGCAGCUUAGCAAGAAGACGAAAACACCAAGUGGCGACUCUGAGAGGGACUCCACGGCUUCUCCCCAGGGAAACGCUGUGACGGAUAAGAGAAAACACAUCAAUUCCGAGAAAAGUGGAGCUCGGCAUCGCAAGCAGCCUCACGUUGAAUUUAUUCCGCUGUUGCCAGACCAGGAAAGGUCAUCCGAGAGUGCCUCCCUUCAGCGAGCGCUGGAACGGUCCAAACCAGAAUUCAUCAGCCGCUCCCAGGAAAGAGUGCGAGUGUUAGAACGCAAGGUGCAGGAGAGGAGGGAGCGGUCGGGAGCGGGGAAGUUGGAGUGGAGAGGGGAUCAGCUCAGCCAGCUCAGGGCCCACAGCAGCACGGGGUCUACCUCUGUGAAUGGUAACCUUUUCAGACCCACAGACAGAGGUAUUUCCCCGAGAGACGUGCAGCCCAGAUCUCAGAGGUGAGUUGCAGCUCCGUCUGUUCUUCAACAAGCUGAGUGAUGCCUUCCUGGUCUGCAGACUCUUCCCUAUCUUCUGUGCUGCUGCCUACCCACGUGAAUGCCCGAGCCCGUUUCAGUGACAUCUCCCUGCAGAAUAUCUGUGAAAAGACCUGUGCUCUGAAUAAACAGUUUUGUUCUUU